AUGGCUAUCCAUCCAACACUGUCAUCCCCGGCAGGUUCACAGGGGCGUCUUACGCCGCAGCAGACCCGUGCGAUCUCGGCAUGGUCGGAGCAGGCGGCGGCGGCAUCCUUGCAGAGCCUCACACUAUCGGACUCUGUGUCGUCCAUUGCGGAAGCAGUGCAAAAUACCCCUACGCGUGUAUCAGCCUUGCGCGGUGCCUCGGUGGCGUUGUCUAUACCUCUGGACGACCCUGUCCCCGCGGCACAGACCGAGUCGAAGAGUCGUGUCAAGAUUGCGGUUCGGGAGUCGGAUGAGUCGCAGCAGAUUGCCUCCGUGUCAUUCCGGCGUCGGGAGACUCUGCGCCGAGAUAGUCUUAAGCGGCGCGAAGCACUGCUGAAGGGAAAGGAUGGCAGUCGGCGCAGGCAACGUUGGGAGAACGAUCGUCUCUUGCACAAUCCAUGGGCCGAGCCACCGUCUCCCAGUGAUUGGGCGGUACAACCGACGUAUCCGAGGCACAAUCCCAUGCCAUACUAUCUCGCUCCUCUCUGGGAUGUGAAGUACGCGCACCUCAGCCAGGCCAAGCAGACUUCCCAGGGUGCGGAACAUGAAAAGCAUCGCAUCCCCAAGGAACUACGCAUGAGGUUGAAGCAUGCGCGUGCUGCGCGCGGUAUGCUUCAAGAUAUCGAAGAGGAUAUCAGACAGUUCAUCCAGGCAUGGAACGAGAAGCAAUCUUUGCUGCUGGACGAAGGCUUGGAAGACGCUCCUCUGUCAUCUGACGAGGACUCUGAGGAUGAGGUGGUCUUUGUGGGACGGAAGGAGCAGAUGCACGACUCACCCGAACACAAGACCAGACUGCGAGAAUUGCGCGCGAACAUCAACAAGCAUAACGAGCGCGAUGGGGAGAAGAUGGUGCUCGAAAGCAUGGUCGAUGAUCGGGCCGCUGGAUUUGGUCGGUGGCUUGUCCAUUCCAUUGCAAGUUAUUAUGGUCUGCACACAUGGUCUGUCACGGUGGGCGAGCCAGCCCGCCGCGAGGCCUACGUGGGAUUCCAUAUGCCGGCUCCUGGUAGUCGGCCUGGGCUUACGGCUCAAUCAGGUCUGCCAACGAGUUGCCGGCAAGAUGCUCUGAUCAAGCCGGGGGAUGAGCUCCCCCGGCCGCUCUGGGCGCAGAUCUGA